AUGUCUAUAGCCGCCACUGGCUAUCUGAUCAGUAAAAACGUCCAGUCAGAAGCAUGGUGGACUACCAAAGAGUAUUUAGCCUCGACCAUUGCUGUGUGGAUGUUUCUCGCAGCUGGGCUGCUUCCUGACCCCGAUGAGCCUUUUACGCCAUCAUUGUCCCAUUGCCACGCUUGGCUCGUGACCUUGAUGGUUGAAGUGCUGCAGUUGGUCAUGUUCUGCGUCGAAGCCAGCCAGCAAACGGGCGCCACUGGUUUUGAGCGGGUCCAGGUCGGCCUGGUCACGCUGCGUGUUUGUUUCCAGAUAGCCAUGGCGGCGCUCUAUCUCCAGCCUAUGUAUGCUUGGUCACGCGUCAUGUUGGACGAGACUGAGCCUCUUCUGGGGCAGACGAAUCUCAAGACAAGGGAUGCGCAGAAUGGGGGAUGGCUGGAUUAUGUGACUGGGUUCAGCACACUUUUUCCCUUUCUGUGGCCUUCUGACUCUCGCCGGCUACAAUUACGGACGGUCUUCUGUUUCUUUCUGCUGCUGAUUCAACGAGCAGUCAAUAUCCUUGUUCCACAUCAGUUAGGUCUUGUCGUCGCAGCUCUUGGCUCAAAAAGCAUCCCUAUACGGCAGGUUGCAGUGUAUAUCUGCCUGCGGGCACUGCAGGGCCAGCAAGGAGUCAUCGGGUCCAUUCGAGCUCUUCUUUGGAUCCCUGUCAGCCAGUCAACCUACCGCCGACUUACUUCUUCUGCCUUUGAGCAUGUUCUUUCCUUGUCUCUAGAUUUCCAUCUAGGUAAACGCAUCGGGGAGGUCAUGAGCGCACUCAGCAAAGGCAGUGCGCUUAACACAUUUUUGGACGGUUUAGUGUUCCAGCUGUUUCCCAUGGUGGCUGAUUUGUGGAUUGCUGCGGUGUACUUUCUGAUCAAAUUUGACGCCUUUUACUCCCUUAUCGUUAUUGCCGUCACUUGGAUGUACCUGUUUGCGACCAUCUACAUGGCCAAGUACCGUGGCCGAGCCCGGCGCGAGAUGGUGAAUCGGGAGCGCCAGAUGGAGGCUGCCAAAACGGACGCUCUUCUCUCUUAUGAGACAGUCCACCACAAUUCAGCAGUUCCUCACGAGCUCGGCCGCUUCAACAGGCUCGUGCAGUCCUUCCAGCAAGCCGAGUACUUUGUUUUCUUCUCCCUUAAUCUCCUCAACGCGGUGCAAAACCUGCUAUUUACGGCUGGGGUCGCCAUUGUCUGUCUCUUGUGCGCGUACCAGAUUUCUGCAGACAUGCAAAAGGUGGCCAUGUUUGUCACCUUACUCACCUAUCUCUCUCAGCUUCAGGCUCCAUUGAACUUCUUCGGGAGCUUUUACACCCAAGUUCAGAACAAUCUUGUGGAUGCUGAACGCAUGUUGGCAUUAUUCGAGACAAAGCCGCUUAUUAAGGACCGAGACAACGCCAUCAAUCUUGAUUAUUGCCGCGGUCGGGUCGAGUUCAACGAAGUCGACUUCGCCUAUGAUGUGCGCCGCCCCGCCCUGCGCAAGGUCAGCUUUGUCGUUGAGCCCGGCACCUCCACCGCAAUUGUCGGCGAGAGUGGCAGCGGCAAGUCAACCAUUCUUAAGCUGCUCUUUCGGUUCUAUGAUGUCGCUGGUGGCUCCGUGCGCGUUGACGGAGUCGACGUCCGCGACAUGACGGCGGCCAGUCUCCGUAGCCAUCUCGGCGUUGUCCCGCAAGAUACAAUCCUCUUCAAUGACACCCUUUUGUACAACCUGCGGUAUGCACGCCCAAGCGCAACCAUGGACGAGGUAUAUGCAGCCUGUCGGGCUGCUAGCAUUCAUGACCGGAUCAUGUGCUUUCCGGAUGGCUAUGAGACGAACGUCGGAGAGCGCGGACUGAGGUUGUCAGGAGGAGAAAAACAGCGCGUUGCGAUUGCACGAACAUUCCUUCGCUCUCCCCAAAUUCUGUUGCUUGAUGAGGCCACUGCCUCGCUAGAUUCCCAGACCGAACGGCAGAUUCAGGGAAGCCUGGAGAAUGUUGCCAAGGGGCGAACCUCCAUCACAAUUGCCCAUCGCCUGUCGACAAUCACCAAAGCGGACCAGAUCAUUGUCCUGCACCAGGGACAUAUCGUUGAGAAAGGUACUCACGCGCAAUUAUUGGCGGCGGGUGGCCUGUAUGGCCAGAUGUGGGAGAAACAGACCAAAGCAAAAGAAAAGGAGGACAAAGAUGCCGAGGAAAACCGGGAUUUGGUAGAGUUCCCCUGA